UGAUAAAAACAAAUUGGCGGGAAUUACAAACCCUACACCAAAUCAUUUUCCCGCUGCCCUCUUUCUCUCUCUCUCUCUCUCACUCAAAUUCACUCAUCUCACUAAACGCCUUUCUCCAUUUCCAAUUCAUUUCUCUACAAAGCAAAAUCCACAUGCUUUUCUUCACUUUCCAGAUCUGAAAAAUCAAUGGAACUUCAAUUAACUUCACUCUCCACCACCACCGCCAUUUCUGAUAUAAAUAAAGCAUGGCACAUUUUCGCUCUUUUGCUAUCAACAGGAAGACCAGCUCAACUAUCCGAACUUUCAUCUAAAUGCAAUUUAUUCUCCGCUUCGCCGGAAUACAUCGAAUUUCUCUGUUCCAUUCCUAAUUCUCCGAUUCAUUUGACGAGUAAUUACUUUGUUACUUUUUCUAAAAUCGGAUUUAAAUCAACCGUUGAAUUCUUCGCUAAUGCGGAUGUUGAUGUGGUUCGGGGUAGAGGAGAGAAGGAGUGUAUAACGAGGACUUAUUUUAGGAAAAGGAAAAGAGGAGCUGGGUCGGAGGUUGAGUAUCCGCAUUUGGGUAAUAAAAGAGGAUUUUUCAAUAAGUUUGAUGGUAAGGAAAGAAGUCAAGUGAUGAUGCCUUUGCCUUCGAUGGCACAGAUGAUUUAUGAACAGGGAUAUGUUCCCAAAGGCAAUUUGAGUUGUGGCAUAAACCCAUUGACAAGAAUACUAUCGUCAUUGGCGCGUGAUUUCAAUGGAUUUUAUGAAAUGUUCAGAACUUGUUGGAUAAUUGAUGGUAGUGCCAGACCAUCAAGUUCUGGACUCAAGAGCAUUGAGUAUGAAUGCAAAAACAAGACAGAGAGGGGAGAGAACAGCAAUGAAUCAAAUUAUGUACAUAUACCUAUUUGUAAAUCUAAAGUUCCUAGUCAUAGCCUGUUCAGCUCCACUAGAUCGAUGAAAGUUGAAAGUAUCACAGAUUCCAUGCUUCAGUUAAAUCCACACCCCGCCAGUUCAUUGGAAACCACAUUCACCAGUACAGCUUCCGAGAUGGUUGGUAAUACAGAAAAGAAACUAAACUCUUGCAUUAAUUCCUGUACAAUAGUGGACAAAGAAAUGGAAUUUUUGCCAUCUGCAGCUGAUGCUUCUGUCCACGGCUUUGAAAGGAUGAGUCAAAAGGAAAAUUUUGUGGAAGACAGUGAAGAAGAACCCGCUUCUUAUCCUGUUAAUCAUAGAAACGUUAACUGCACUAAAACUCAUCCAACAAAGGCGAACAUAUCACCUCAAGAUGAUUUACUUGAAGAGAAUGCUACCAAGGAAUGCUCGACUUCACUUCUCCACAUAGAUAGAGUGAAAAAAGAUAAGCCUCUGCAGAGCCACGCCAUCUUAGCGCGCACACAAUCUUUUCGUCAGAAGCAGCAGGGAAAACCAGUCCCUAAUUCGACAUCCUUUCAGAGGGAUGAAUCAGAUCACAGGGAGCUGAGGAAUUCCAAGGCACCAAAGAAUCAUAAAACCCCCAGUCUGUUUCUCAACAAAGAGCAACCCAGAACAGAUCCAAAGUUAAUCCUUAUGAAGCUGAAGCACAAAAAGAACUAUGACUUGGAUAUGGGGAUUAAUGAGAGGAAGGAAAAUCCAUAUGAACAUGGGGAUAAUUUCGUAUGUAACUCUGCAAAAAAUCAAUCGGAGCAAAAUCAGUUGCCUAACUUUGAGUCUUAUUUUGUGGAGGAAGCAGAAGGUUCAGGUGGUUAUGGGACGGUGUACAGGGCAAGGAGAAAGAGUGAUGGAGUGAAGGUUGCAAUUAAAUGUCCUCACUCAAAUGCUAACAGAACACAUGUCCAUAAUGAGUUAAAGAUGCUACAGCGUUUUGGGGGAAAGAACUUUGUAAUUAAGUAUGAAGGAUCAUUCAAGAAUGGAAAUUCUGACUGCCUUGUUCUAGAGCAUGUUGAGCAUGAUAGGCCAGAUGUCUUGAAAAGAGAGAUGGAUGUUUCCCAGCUGCGGUGGUAUGGCUAUUGCAUGUUCAGGGCACUUGCUGGUUUACAUAAACAGGGUAUUGUUCAUAGAGACGUUAAACCUGGAAACUUUCUUUUUUCAAGAAAGGUUGAUAAAGGUUACCUUAUCGACUUUAACCUUGCCCUGGAUCUGCACCAAAAAUAUGGAACGUCAGAUAAGACAAAGUCGAUCCAUACCACGAGCUUUAGUGGUGAUCCUAUUCCUCUUGCCAAGUCUCUUCCUCCAAUAAAACAGAGAAACUCAACUAUUAAACUUGGGGAAGACAUCAACGAGGAAGCAGGAAAAGGCGUAAAGUCUCUAAUAAGACACAAAAACGUUAAAAGGAAGGCUGACCAAGAUAAGGUUGGCAGUGAUAUUGCAUAUAGGAGUAUUAUAAAAAGUAAAUGCGCUGAUGGUUCGGGGAUAACCUCAGCCAAGGAUGCCACAAGCAAUAGGACUCCAUCAGCAGAAAGGUUGAGAGAACCCCUUCCACGUCUUGGUAGGAAGGCGCUGAUUGACAUAGCUGCGGAAGUAGUACAUCAACAUCCAAACAAUGUAGAUACGAAAGGUCCAACUUCCAAGAGAAAGAGGGUUGCUGCAACUCCCGGAAAAGUAGAAAAUAAGUACGUUUGCAUAACUCCAAUGCCAUUGCAUUCAUCUGGAAUUGCCAUUGGUGGUGCUGGUUUACUGAAAGGCAAAGGGGACAGGAAGCAAAAGCGAGAAGGACCCUGUGUUGGAACUAAGGGUUUCAGAGCUCCAGAGGUUCUAUUCAGAUCUACACAUCAAGGUACAAAACUUGAUAUUUGGUCAGCUGGAGUCACUUUACUCUAUUUCAUUAUUGGCCGAACACCAUUUACCGGAGACCCUGACCAGAACAUAAAGGAAAUUGUGAAAUUUAAAGGAAGUGAAGACUUGUGGGAAGUGGCCAAACUACACAACCGAGAGUCUUCAUUUCCAGCGGAUUUAUUUGACAUGAAAUCUAUGUCACCAAUGAAAUUACGAGAGUGGUGUUCAAGAAACACCCGAAAAUCAGAUUUUCUAGAGAUCAUUCCACAAUCACUUCUCGAUCUUGUGGACAAGUGUUUAACCUCAAAUCCAAGAUUGAGGAUUAGUGCAGAGGAAGCCCUCCGGCAUGAUUUCUUUGCUCCAUGCUAUGAAGCUUUGAGAAAACAGAGGCUGCAUCGUCAAAGGCUCACCAAUGACCUAGGAUCUACCCUUACUCUACCUGAAAAUUCUGAGUCAUGUGGAGUAUUGUAAACAAAGACAAGCAGCAUUUUGAAGCUUCUUUUCCUUUCUACCUGUUGUCAUGUAAAAAUAGCUAACCAAUGAAAAUGUAAUUCAUUCAACAACUCUUGAAUUUAGUGUAGUCAUAUGUGUACUUUACUGAUGUUGUAUCUAUGAGUCAUUAACAGAAACUCAAGGCUAGUAUUGUGCAUGAACGUUUGACAUCCAGCUA